CACCUUCAAUUUGUGGUACGCCAUCGAAAACGCGAUGCGCACGCUGCGGAAGGAAGUCAUACGGGGAUACCCAGCGGAAGAAAAGCUGGCCCGAUUUGUCGCGUCCUCGGACGAGCUGGUGCAAGGUGAUUCCACUUCUCGGCCAGAAGAACCGCAAGAAUCGUUAUCGUCUACGAACCCAAGAGCAGCUGCAACUCUCACAGCCGCGGGGACCGGACGGUCGACGCCAGUGAUAAAAAUAAACACCAACACGGCUAACAGCGGUGAUGAUUCUAUCGCGAAAGACCACUACCAUCUCGAAACCGUGUUGCAGUUUACGGAACAGGACCUGAGCCGCCUGACGAACCGCAAAGUGAAAAACGUCGUAGAACAGACGAAAAUCGGGCUCAUGCACGCAUAUAACGUGUGGCAGCAGUAUCGGAAAAUUGUGCCGCUGGUGUUCCGGAAGAAGCACGUGGUGGAUUUGUCGUUUUCGACGACAGACAAUCUGAUUGUUUACGCGAUCGAGGACAGCAAUGCCAAUUAUAGUCGAACCGGCAAAGAAAAUCUUAAUCUUCCAGAAGACAGUAAAACUCAAGCGGAAGAAAAAGCCGAGGAAAGCUCCUUCAUUUCCGGCUCCGGCGGCAUCCCGGUCGUUUUGCGGGAGGACGGCUCGGCGACGUUUGAAGAUUUAUCGAAGGAGGCGAUGCGCAAGAUGGGCGCGAACACGCAGAUGAUGCUGGGAUUUCCGACUUUCGUCGUCCACCGGGUGGUGCAAAAAGACCCGCGGUUCUUCGAGAUCGUGCGGCGGAUUCGGGAGCAGGACGUCGUUUUUGAAAACAUGAACGAACCCGACGAAAGAGAUUUCGUGUUUGGGAACAUGGAGUUUGAAGUGUUCGUCCAAAAUCGCGAUAGUACAUCAAGAAGUAGUGACACCAGCAUUGCAGGCACAACAACUACAUCCGAGACAAAAAAAUCAUCUACGGGAACAAUAAAACCCCAAGCCCGCCUGCUGCCGAAGCAGUUUUCGCAGGACCCGGUUUUUCUGCUGCAACAGGAGAAGAACCAGCUGCAGUUGGAGGGCCUCUCCAUGGCGGACAUCCACGUGAAAUUUCUCCGGUUGGCGGUUGUGGAGCGGGAAGCGGGGCUGUUGUCCAACGUGGACCGGUCGAACAGCUACAUGUUGAUGAACGCGAAGGGCAUGAUUCACGUAUCCUGUGCAAAAGUAUCGCAUUCGUAGUAAUUGCAUUUAUGCAUUACAAAUUUCUUUCUCAAGUUAAAUAUGCAUGACAAAUUUCAUUUCUCAGCAUGCUAAAGCUAAUUUCUAAUGCAUUUUAUACUAGUGCAAGUGCGAUGCUUUUGCAUUUCAUAUCACGCCGCGUAUUACAAAUUUGAAGACAUUGCGCGCUACGACCCCUGGCGGUACGCCGCGGUGCGGCCACCCCCGGACCUCCAGUACCGCCUGCGCAGGGAAGAUUUCGUGUUGCCCAAAAUAAUGACUACUGGGACAGAACAGAGCGGGACAGAAGUAGAGAAUAAAUCCACUUCGCAACAAAGAACCCCACUGUUCAGUGGAGACGGACAAGAGGACGUGGUCGUGGUUCCAACGGAUGACGCUCUUGUUGCACCGAUAGUAUUAUCGAAUGAAGAUGAUGUUACGGAGAACAAAAUUCAUGCGAAAAAUAAAAAAACCACUUUCGGUGCCUACCUCCAAAACAAGAUGCGGCUCCCGGAUCGAAAAAAGCGCGAUCACUUUGCAGAGCCACGGGAGUUGUGGACCUGGGAAAAAUUUGUACAGGUGAAGCUGAAAAGCAGCAGGUCCUCGAACGACGGUUACGAUGAGGAAAAAAGCACACUCGGCGCGCGACCCUCCUCAUCCUCGUCCGUGUGCUCCAUCGAACACUUGUUCGGGCCGGAUUUUGACCAUUUUAAAGGUGUGUAUCCGCCUCUGAAGUGGGACAAGGUGCUCUUCAAGUACAUGCAGGACCGAUUUGUCAGGCCGGUAUUGGAAGAGAAGUACACCAGUGAAAAUGAUGAAACUAAAAGCAAAGCAGACGGCGCUCCUUCUCGGAAAGAACUCGACUACAGAGACCCGUGGCGAAAGCGAGGCCAGAGCAAAUUAUCUGAGAAGAGCAAAAGCAAGAACUACGCAGCGACAACAUCGUCUGGCUCGACUUCCGUGAAAAAACCUGCGAAGAAAAACUGGGUCAUAAAUUUCGGUGCUGCGGACGGAGCUUGUGGCUACCUGUACAGUUGGAACCACGAUCUCGCGAACUGCUUACUCGUCGGGUCGGUGUUCAACAAUUGGCCCUUGAACUACAACAGCACAACAAGCGCGUACUACGAAGCCUGGUCAACGCACGAUAAAGGACAGGAAAAUCAUUCAGCAGGAGGAGGACUACGACUACAAAAGCUGGAAGUAGAUGUAGAUCUACUUCAAGAUGCGACAACCUCAUCAACCAAACAUCUUUUUCUCCCAAAAAAAGACGUCCCCAACAUCCCGGUCUUCAACAUUUCCGGCCUGGUAGUCGAGGCCGACCUGGGGAACAAGCGGAAACUGCGCAGGGAGUUCGCACGGAAUCACAAUGUGGUGUAUUUCCUGAACAUGUUGCAGCUGCACGACAUCUAUCAAGCGCAAAUGUGCCUAGGGGGUAGGGUAAACACCAAAAAAAUUAGGCCGAAGGUGCAAAAAAGCUGGCGUUGAGGUUGGUGGUGAAGUUGGUGCCGAAGCUGGUGCCGAAGCUGGCGCCGAAGCUGGUGCCGAAGCUGGUGCCGAAGCUGGUGCCGAAGCCGGUGCCGAAGGUAGUUAAUGAGAGGAGCGAGGAAAAUAAAAAGCAAGCGCGCCUACUGUUCUUCAGAUAGGGCGAGCUCACGGGUGCGCUCGCACUAGAUUCAUUUCUCGUUCCGGAGGACAGUGCUCUCUUGCACCCGUCGCAUUUUGCAUGACACCUACAAAGUUUGUAGGCGUCAUGCAAAAUUGCAUCGAAUUGUGGAGAAGAAGAGCCCGCAUUUAUCCAGCAUGCUAUCGCCUUUCGGGCGAUGGUAUGCUGGAAGACCAAAUUCCAGCAGCUGCCGCUGGAAUGCCAGACGCUCCUCUUCCGGAAGGAGCUUCUGGUGGAAGAGCGAGCCCAGAAGUCCAGACAUUUUUCUUGCUGGUGUUGAACCACUUCUCGCAGUUCGCCAGAAGCUGGCGUAGAAGAAGUUGUGUAGAAAAAGGCGCAGAAGCUGCUGAUGAGGUUGGCAAUACAUUGCCAACUUCAACACCAGCUUCCGCACCAACUUCUUCACCACCUUCUACACCAGCUUCUGGCAAAUGAAAAGUGAUUUAAUUCUAAAAGAAAAAUCUGACUUUGCGUGAAGGCUAGACCACUUCGGAAAUUUUCAAAAAGUGCGACAAUUGUCGCACUAAUUGAAAAAUUCCCGAAGUGGUCUAGCCUUCACGCACAAAAGCAGGUUUUGCAUGACAAACUUUUUGCUUUCCUCAUAAAAACUUCGAGCUUCACCUUCAGAAGCAAACUGCAAACGCCUUCGAACAAGCUUUCUUUGUAUUUCGAGUGAUAUCACUCGAAAUACAAAGAGAGCUUGUUCGAAGGCAUUACAGCUUGCUUCUGAAGCUCGAAAGUCGGUUUGCUGGAAAUCAUGCAAACUGUAAAGUUUGCAUUUGUCAUGCAAACUGUAAAUAGACAAUAGAAUAGAUAUUGUCAUGCAAAUGUGGUGUAUUUCCUGAACAUUUUGCAGCUGCACGGGAUCAAAACUUUGAUGGACGACAUGGUCUUCCGGGAGAACUUCUCCACGUCGCCGGUGCUUUUCAAACUAGACAUCGAUAACAUCGACUGCGAAAUGAUGGACCGCGUUUUGAACGCGGGGGUUCGACCCCUGGUCAUUUUCGUGGAGUCUGUGAACAACUACCCCGUUUCGAUCCGGAAGCAGGUACAGUAGUUUUAACUAGUUGAAGAUCUUCUUCCGAUAAAAGCUUAUGUUAUGCGAGUUGUAAGUACGUCUGCAUCAGAGUCAUUGCUGGUAUGGGUCAAAAAUGCGGCAUGCCAAAAUUUUUCUGCGGCUCCUUCGGAAUAAACACAUAGAGCAGGUCACAGAAGAUGUAUUGACAAACUAUCAAAGGAAAAAAAACACUAUCAGGCCGGCGACGUGUCCCUCCUCGCAAAUAAGGAGCCCGCCGGGACUAUGUUUGAGUUGGCGACUAGCGGUUGCAGCUUGAUAUGCAUUGCAAAACUAUCGUGCAUAGUAUGAAUCGCAUGACAAACUUUAUUCGCAAGAAGAAAAUUGGAAUUUUUCAUGCAGAUCUAGCUAGGCAACCAGAUUUGUCGUGCAUGGAUGCGAUUAGAAGUACGUGUGCGAUACUUUUUUUGCGUUUGAUACUUGAGCGGCUUUAUCGAAACGGGUCUGAAAUACGAUUACUUUUUGGUCGAGGUGCUGAAUGACGACGCGGUCUUUGUCCGGAAAGACAUGUUCUUCGACCCAGAUUUCUAUGAGAGGGAAGACGAGGUCUUCGUCGAAAAAGUGGAUGUCGAUGUGGGUCUUGAAAAUGUUGUGGAUAAAGAAGGCCCGGAGGUGGGUAGCAGUACAACAGGAUCUCCUAAAAAAACAACCGCAAGUCCGGGAGCAGAUGAAAGAGCCGAGAAAACCAAAGGGAGCAAAAAAGCAGGAGAACAGGCGAGAGUUGACAAGGCGAAAGAGAAAUCCGCAGGAACCGACGCGCCCGCAGAUGCUGAGUCCGGGUCUUGGUUGUCCUCCUGGUUCUCAUUCAGCGGAGAGAGUAAUGCCGAUACUGCCCCGCCCGAACCCGAUAGUGUACCAGUCGGAGAUGAAAUAACAAAAAAACAAGAGAAGGACACAGAAUAUCAUCCCCCGCCUCCCGCCCCACCUUCCACCACAGCGAGUCGGCAGGUCCGAGAGCUUUCCGCAGCCGCCACAAUCGUUGACCACACAACGAGCGGCUUAAAGCUGGAUUUCCGGGAGCACUUCGAUUUGAACUUACGAAGAAACAAAAACCAGCACUUUUCAUCCUACUCCGUUCUCUACACGCACAAGGAGCGAGACUUGCAAUUGCAGACCGAGCCGACCAUAAGUUCUAGGCCAGCACCACCACCAGUUGAACAUAAAGCAGCAGGUACUGUUGACCACCACAAAACAUCAAAGCCCUCCCGGUACCGACGGCGCUCGCGGUCGUUCGAGCGACUUUACGGGACGCUGGACCGUUACCGUCGCACCGCCGAAUUUCUGCAACACAGCGGGUACACGUGCCACCCGAUGCGGCACGCCAAUGGCAUGGAAUCGCGGUUGGUCGACGUUGCGGGUCCGGGGGACCAAGUCACAAACUACGAGCGGAUGCAGAUUAUUGGCGCGGUAGAGGACAGCAGGUGGCGAGCAGAAAACCCCUACUUGUGGACCAGGCAUCACGGCAACAGGCACCUCUUUGAACUAGAGGAAACGGUUUUUUGACCGUCUAACGCUCAUUUUUCUGAAAGAAUGCUUGAUCCUAGUAUCCCAGCAUUUUUGACGAGACGUAUUGGUAUUUCAUAGGACAUAAUCGACCUUCAUGAAUAAAGAGGCUCUGCAUUUGUUCCUUUGUCGCUCCGCGACUCUAUUUUCUUUGCACAAAAGAACGCCGAAGCAGACGUCGUUGAAAGCGAAAACAAAUACCAGGCUGAGCAACUGCUGUCACUGGUCUAUGAGGAGC